AUGUGUUUUAGAGAUUCUGGUGAGACCUCGGAAGCUCCUGUAAGGAUAAGGCGGCGCCAGCCCACUAAUGUUGGUGGUUGGUCGAGCUCACCACGAUCUUCUUACCCUGGACCCAUCAGCGAGCCAGGUGACAGCAACUCAAGACGAAAUACAUCAGGAAAAUCAAGAUCGCGAGUCGUCUCCAGCUAUGAUAGAAAUAGAGGGGGGAGGGCACCCGAUGAACCAUUGCAGGAUUUACUACUACCGACGAAGACCAAAAAAGAUGGCACCUCGAAAAAGGCAAAGAAUCUACAAGGAUCCGUCGCCGAGAAGCGACCUUCCGAGUUUGAAGAUAUCGUCUUCAACAUAGAACUCGAUCUUGAAGAAGAUGUCGUUGCUGAGCUUGAGCAAUUCGUUCUAUUUGCGCGCCUUGGGCUCGAUGAUAAAUGCCAUACGAUGUUCAAGGAAACUCUCGAGCCUUACACUUGGUGCUUUCCAGUGUUUGCUGAGUACGCGGAAUUUUUGGUUCGUACGAUGAAUAGAGAGGCACUGCGCCAGCUCCUCAAGAACCCUGGCACAAAAGCCUUUGCAGCAGAUGAGCUAGAGCUGCUCAUGGUACUUGAGCCAUUGUCUCGCUUGUCAGAUGAUACAGAUAAGAACCAGCAGCUGGUCAAAAGGUUCGACGAAAAGUAUCUGCCGGACUGUCCACGGCUUCAAGCGAUGCUCAAUGCCGAAAGAGACAAGCACAAAUCGAGCAUGGAAUACUUCAGCGGAAGUUACAAGGUCGACGAUCAACGCAAAAAGCAGCCGGAGGAGUUGAGCAAGCCCGGUUCCGUCAAUCUCGACACUGGAAAAAGCGCACAGGAGCAAGCUUUUGAGACCUAUUGUGCACUUAAGGCUUCUGUGAGAAGUGUGAAGCACGUUUGGAAACCCCUGAUGUCUUAUCAUCAAGAGUCCUUGAGGGAGGGAAACCUUUGGCAAGCUCAAAGCAGCUUUGUGACGCUCGUUAAGAACAUGCGUCCUCUGCCCUCACUCGACCCGAUGUGGUCUGAGUUCGGGUCUACCUGUAACCGUCAGACUCCUAACGACUCGGCAGAGGUUGAUCUCUCCUUUGUGACUGCUCUCAACGCCUAUUGUGAGUACAGAAUUUGGGAAGUUUACAAAUCAAUGCACGAAAUGGAUGACACGCAGCGGUAUCAUGAGCGUCCAACAAUCGUUGGACAGCUCACCAGCUUAUGUGCUGCACUACUAGAUGGUGGCAAUCGGCUGAAGCGGCAGCUAGAUGAGGUUGGCGAAGCUCAAGGUGGAUUGUUUGAAGCAUGGAGAAAAAACAGUCUUGGACUCUGUAAAUGUGUACGCACAUCCAUCGAAGCACCGGAGACUCAGGAUUGGGAAUUUCUUGAUACAGCAGAAUGGUCGGCUGGAUCAGAGAUGUUUAACCACACAAUGGAUCAUGAAAGCUGUGUGGCGCAUCUCAUCGACGCACAGAAUUUGCUCAGCCGCAUCAGGAUUGUUCGAGCGAGCCACAUAUACUAG